GUCUGAAUGGCAUCAUGGAAACUCUAAGCAAGAGUAUCCGUUAUGGCUGUUGCAGAUGCUAAGGCCUGCCCUUCCAGCAGAUGGGCUGGACAUUGCAAAAGUCUACCUGGCCACAUGGAACUCUCACCAGGGCGACUUGACCAGGACUGAAGCAAGCAAUGGCAGCAAUGCUAAGGACAAAGAUUUCCAUUGCCAAGAGGUCUUGCGACAACAGGCUGAGCGCUUCACCAACUUUGUCUCAACUGGGAACCGCCUCUUCAUUGUUGCGGAAGCUGAACGCCAGAAUGCUGAUCGACAGUUGUGUGCUUUCAUCAGCUAUGGGCGAAGCUACACCCGAGAGGGCUUCGGGGAGGUCAUGCAGCUCUUCGUCCAUCCAGACUUUCAGCGAAAGGGCUUGGGGUCGAAACUGCUGAGAGAAGCAUGGACGCAAAUGAAGAGCAGAGACUGGUCGGCACAAGGAUGCCAUGUUUGGUGCACCAAGGGGAAUCCAGCCAAUCGAGUCUACGAGCAGGUUGGCUGGUUCCGAACGGGGAAGCAGAAAAGUCUGAACCCGACAUUGAGCAAAGAGCCGGUCGAAGUGGAAGAAUACUUGGCUCCGAAAGAAACGAGGCUAUUGGACUUACUUCGAGUCAAACUUUCUAGUUGUUGCGUGCACCUAAGACUUUUUGGCAUGCCGUGUGGCUGGAUGUGACAAUGCUCACGUGAUUGAUGCGAUUUGAUGCUCGUAUGCCGCGGCGUCCUCUGGGUGUACAAGCCAGAAGCUGACUCGGCUGCGCCCCAGGAUGUAUGGUGAAUUGUGAAAGGUGAGCCGGCGAGGAGAUGCGCGAAAA